AUGGCGUACCGCGAGCAGCCCGGAAAAUGGAUCAAAGCGCUGGACGUGAAAGAGGUGAUUCAGUGCACCGUCGGAUGCUGCAUCUGUGGAUGGUUCUUCACCAUAGGCAUGCUCGUCGGCAUGUACAAUGCGGGGGAUUUCCUUCGAAAGGCGCAGGCAUGGGAGGUUCGGCCAGCCUGGCGGCAGACAGAGUGCGAGGUGCUGGCAGCCGGAGUGAGCUGCGCUGAUACUGAAACCAGGAGCACCUGUGGCGGUUACCAGCUGGGCUCGAUGCCAUCUACGAGCCCACCGGUCUUCCUGACAGAGGAGAUUGCCAUCUGCCCUGGAACAUACUGGUGUGGGAAGGAGCAAGACGUGUGCCAUUGUAACGGCGAGAUAACCUAUGCGCCCGAGCUCUUCGACGGACAGAUCUACACUGUGCCGGAAGCAGAGCGUGCGUACAAGGUGGUCUCCAGCGGGCCCUGGAAAUGUGGCACCGAUCAGCACGGGGAGCCUUACACCGUAGAUCCGGCGCCGUGGCACGUGAAGCAUUGCUGGUGCACCCCAGCAGAGAUUCUUGCCAUCCUGAAGAAGCACGGCGGUCAAGGUCUCCACAAGAAGGAGUGCUCGGAGGCUGCCAACUUCGACUUCGACGCCGCAGAGCCUCAGCGCCGCCUCCAAAGGGAGGAAGGCGAGGACCUCGAGGCAGAGCCACGGCUCCUUGCCAGCUCUCGCCGGCGCCGGACCUAUAGUUACACGCCUUGGGCCCUGGUCUCGGUCCCCACGAUGGAGGAGCUUGACUUCGGUGGCCCCUCUUCCAAACAGCACCUCACCUGUGCGUACGAGUACGGCGUCCCUGCGGCAUCCUCGAGAAAUUACCAGUCCGACGGGUCCUACAGCGGCGACGUCUGGAAGGUUGAAGAUGUCGCCAAACAAUGGGGGAACAAGACCUCGCGGCCCUGCUGGGUGCGUGCUGCAGGCGAAGCCGGCGAGAGCUUGCAGACGUGCGCUGUCGCUUUGAAGGAGCCUGGAACCUUGCAGGAGGUGGCGCGAAGCUCGCAGGCGCUGAUCACCACGUUUUUCUGGGUGUGCCUGGGGAUCAGCCUGGUUUUCACGCUCCUCGCCUUUCCCUCCCUCUACCGGCUGGUCCGCAGGCUGACUGGGGGGGCAUCUUCCGAGACGGGCUGCCUCCUGGAUGCGGACUUGUAG